GUGAUGAGAUUGGAGCACAAAAAGAGGCAAAGAGAAAGGGGAAGAGAGAGAAAGUUAGAGAGAGAAGUGGCGUAGUAACAGCAGCGUGAAGAGGAGAAAGAAGAUAAGCGUAGUAGCAUCAUCGCCUAAGAUCUCUCUCUGAUAAUUCUUUGAAAGAGAGGAGAAUCAAUUUAUUAUACGGAUUUGUGGUGUUGGUGAAUGAAUCUUUCGCCGUUGAUUAUGGUUCACGAAAGAUAAUUAAUUCAAACCGUGGAAAAUUAACAACAAAAAUAUUGGUGUGGAAUGGAUAGGAUUAGAGAAGCGAGAAGAAGCACUAUGGCAGCGAAUGGUUUAACAAGAAGGAGACACAGAACUAACAGUUUAAGAGAUUCGCCAGAUGAAGAUGGUGCUAUGGAGAUGCAAGAGCCAACGAGGCUACGAGAUCGAGGGAGUGGGAAGAAGGAUCGAGAUCGAGAGAGGGAAAGGGAGAGAGAUCGAUUGGGUAGAAACAAGAGGAGAAGAGGUGAUAGGUUGAUGCACGGUGUUAGGGAAGAUGGUGGAGAAGAUACUUCAGAAGAGAGUAUUAACGAUGAAGAAGAUGAGGAUGAUGAAGAUGGAGGAGGUGGUGGAGGAGGAGGAGGCGGUGGUGGUUCAGUUAGAAUGCUUCCGUUGAAUCCUUCGACACUUUCUUCUUCUUCGUCUCUAACGAAUCAUCAUCGGAAAAGCUUCCCUCCGGCGAAAGUUUUUAGACCAACGCCGCCGUUGACGUGGAAAGCCGCCGAUGAGAUGAUCGGGGUUUCUGUUCCUAGAAAAGCACGCUCAGUGUCAACGAAGAGGUCGCAUGAAUGCUGGGCUUCAAGCGGCGGUGGAGUACUGGCGGAGCAAAAUCACCGUCAGCCGUCAUCUUCACCGGUGAGAGCAGCAGCAGCUCCGCCUUCACCGUCUUCGUCAAACGCUUCAUUCAGAAAGAAGAUAAAAAUGAAUGGCGGUGGUGGUAGUGGUGGUGGUGGAGGACCGAAGUUUCGACCACCGAAAUCAUCGUCGAAAUCAUCUCCGUCAGUGCAAGAAGAGAUCGAGAUAGAGAUCGCUGAAGUAUUGUACGGAAUGAUGAGACAACCACAAAGUCAAGUACCUUCAAAGCAAGAAAUGAACGAUUCAAUCAAGUUGGAUUCUCGAGAAACCAAUAAUAAUAAAUCUUCAGCUAGUGAUGGCAAGUCAAGGAUUUCUUCACCGCCUCAAAAUUCAAGUUCUUCUGCAACUCCAGUCUCAGCUGUUACUGCACCAAAAAGGAAAAGACCGAGACCGGUAAAGCACGAGGAGGAAAAUACAGCAAUUUUCAGUGUUCGUAGCAGCCCGGUACCUUCGAUUUCGAAGGCUGAGAAUGAUCAACCAUCAAAGACGGAAACUUGUUCGUCGAAUUCAGAUAAGUAUAAUCAGGGAUCUGUGCAUGAAAAUCUGGGUAAUCUGGUUCCGGUUCAGGCUACGCCUGAGCCUAUUAAGCCAGAAAGCAACACUUCUGUGGGUGCUAAAGUUUUGACGGAGGAAUCAGAGAAGCAAGAUGUUGGAUUGGGUAAAGAUGUGGUACCUCCUGUGUCACCAAAGAAGGAAUCUUCUGUGCUCCAAGCAGUAGAUGAUGUUCGUGAAGAUGUGAAAGCGACUAAAGCGAAUCCAACAAUAUCUGAGAGUGAAAAAAACCAGUUGAAAGAGAAGUUUCAGAUAGAUCUGAUGGCGCCUCCUCCUCUGUUGAGAUCUUCACCUGAAAGAGUUGUUGAGAGUAAUUCGGUUGUUGAGGCUGAAAAGGUGAAGCUUGUAAUGAAUGAGGAUCAGAAAUCACAAAGAAUAAACAAGGAUGUGGUUGAGGAAUCGGAUAAAGUGAAAACAAAGGCAGAAGAAACUGAAUCCCAUAAAGCUACUAUAACUUUGCAGAAAGAAAGAGGAAUUGACCUGCAGCUUGAGAUAGAGAAAACAGAUAGAGCGGAUACUAAUGGCAAUGGCAAUGGCAAUAUUAUUAACAAGAAGCAACAUCAAAAUGUUCAGAGGCAUCAACAUCAGAUGCAGCAGCAGCAAACAACUUCAGAGAAAAAUGUUCAAUCCAAUUCUUUGCCCAUUCCAGUGAAUGUUCCAAACUGGCCUGGUGGCCUUCCUUCCAUGGGAUAUAUGACACCUCUACAAGGAGUUGUAUCAAUGGAUGGAGCUGCUAUACCUUCUGCAGCUAUACCGCCGCCGCAUCUCCUUUUCAAUCAGCCCAGGCCUAAAAAAUGUGCAACCCAUUGCUACAUUGCUCGGAAUAUAUUGUAUAACCAGCAAAUUGCUAGGAUGAAUCCGUUCUGGCCAGCUGCAGCAGCAGGAUCUGCAUCAUUGUAUGGUGCAAACCCUGGUGGCAAUAUUAGUGUUGUACCAUCCAAAGAAUUGCAUAGUGGUAAUGUUUCUGGCAGGGCAGCAAACUCUUCUCAAGACAAAGGGCAUGGCCUUACCAUGUUUCCGGGUCAUGUUGGGAAGGAGAAGGGUUCUUCUCAGCCUUCCAAUGUGGAUAAUUCCUCAAGAAAACAAAUUUUGCUUCAGCAAACUUUACCCCCAGGAGCAGCACCUAGUAAUAUGUUGCAUGGACCUACUUUCAUCUUCCCCUUGAAUCAGCAGCAAGCCGCAGCUGCUGCUGUCGCGGCAUCUGUUCGACCUGGAUCUGUGAAGUCUUUACCUGUUACAAGCAAUGGACCGCCAUCCUCUACACCCAAUACAGCUCCACCGAAUACGUCGGGUGCUGGGGCUGCUUCUGUUCCUCCCCCAACCAUGAGUUUCACCUAUCCAAAUAUGCCGGGCAAUGAAGCUCCUCAAUACAUGGCCAUUUUGCAGAAUAAUGCGUACCCAUUUCCAAUACCAGCACAUGUUGGGGGUCCACCUGGAUAUCGGGGUAAUCCUGCCCAAGCUUUUCCAUUCUUCAACGGAUCAUUCUAUCCUUCUCAAAUGAUUCAUCCUUCACAGAUUCAGUCACAGCAACUUCCUGCUCAGUCACAGCAGCAGAGUCAACAGGGUCAUCCAAACACCACUAUUUCUACUGGUUCCUCUUCUUCCCAAAAGCAUGCUCAAAAUCAGCAGCAAAAGGCUAUUAAUGUUAGUGGAUCGAAUGGUGGUGGUGGUGGUAGUGGAAGCUUGCAAGGUUUUCCUGUCACCAAAAACCCACCCUCACAGAUUCUACAGAUGCAACAGCAGCAGAGGCAGCAACUGCACAAUCACCAUGCUUCAAAUGCGGCCCGUCAAGUUGAGUCUGAGAUGGGAUGUGAAGAUAGUCCAUCUACUGCUGAUAGUCGUCUCAAUCGCUCUACCAUGAAUAUUUAUGGUCCGAAUUUUGCAAUGCCAAUGCAGACACCAAACUUUGCCUUGAUGACAACUGCAAUGAGUGGUCCUGGUUCUAAUGGUAAUCACAGUGAAAAGAAGCAACAGCAACAACACCCUGGUUCAAAAGCGGGAGGUGAAACUUCUCCAGCUUUUGUCAUGCCAUUUGCAUCCAUCAACGGAGUUACUGGUGCAACUGGCCUUGAUCUCUCAUCUAUUGCACAGAGUCAUUCAAUUAUGCAGAGCAGUCAUAACUAUCAGAUAAUGGCAGCGGCACAAGCUACUAGUGCCCAGCUAAAGAAGAGUUACCAUGCAGCUGAAGAAGGAAAACAUGUAGUCAAUUCAGCUAAUCUAGAAGAAGACAGAAAAGCCAUGUCUGGAAAAGUUCCUGCAACAGCGGGGCAAUCCAUUGCUUUUAACAGGCCAGAUGUGGCUGAUCCCUCAAUGUCAUCAUUAGCUUGCAACAAUGUCAUUGAUAGCUCAGGUAGAAGUCUCAACCUUGGUUCUGCUUCUUCCCGGGCUUCUGCUUCUGUUAUGCCUUCUGCCAUCAACACCAAUACAGCCAGUUCUCAGCAACAAAUGCAGCGAAAUCAGCAGCAAAUUCUUCAGCUUCAAAAGCAGAAUCAGUUUGCAGCAGCAGCUGUGGCCGCUGCUCGGAGUAAGACACCGUCGACAAGUAAUGGAGGUAUCUACUCUGAUAAUCUCCCAUCUACAUCUUCAAUAUCCACCAAGUACCCCAAUGCUGUAUCUGCAUUUCCUCAAAGUCUAGUACAGAGCAGCAACACAGUUGUUACACAGUCACCUCAGUGGAAGAAUUCCGCCAGGGUAACUAACACUUCUCUGUCACCUCAGACUAUGGCUUCACCACCAUCAUCGUCCAUUAAAAAUCCCCCACAGCAGCCGUCUCGUUCCCAGCAGCAAACUCAAAUUUCUUUUGCAGCAAAUCCAAAAUCAUCCACACAAGUGCAGACUGCAAGCUCCACCCAGUCUCCAUCUCCUCCAGUUAUGGUUGGUUCACCAACAAAUUCCUCAAUGUCCAAAAACACUGGCAGUCCAAGGACAACAAAUUCAACCUCAACCAACAACAAGACUAGCCAAACUAGUUCCCUAUCCUCUCAGCAAGCCAAAAACUCUCCUAUGCCAACCCGUAAAUCCUCACCUGUUCCAUCAAUCCUCAGUGGCCCUCAGAUAACUCCCUCUUCCAAUACUGGGAAUAAAUCGCAAUUGUCACAGCAGCAACAAAAACAACAGCAACAACAUCAACAACACCAGCAGCAGCAAUUAGCAAAGCAGAACUUGCAACAGGCCCAACUGUAUUUCGCAAAUCCUUACAUGCACUCCCAAGUUGCACAGUCCAACAGUCCCACCUCUACUACGGCAGCUGCAACUGGGUAUUAUCUUCAACGGCGCGGCCCCGAGCAAGUGCAACGACAGGGAUCUGGUGGCACAUCCUCAAAUGGUGCAGCUGCAAACAAUUCGAAAGGCAGUACCUUGAACACGCAGGGUCUUCUGCAUCCUUCCCAGUUCGCCGCAAUGCAACCUUCUGGGAACCACCAUCAAUAUGUUCCAGCUGGUUUCUAUAAUGUUCAACCGGUGCCCACGGCAGUUCAAGUGAAGCCAGCAGAUCAGAAACAACCAGCCGGUGAGUAGAAUGAUGUCAUCUCUUAGUUGCACCCCAUGUGCAUGUGGUGGGAAAAGAAGAGAAGUAACUGCAUGAGAUAUGAAAUUUUGAAGUUGGUAAGAAAAGAUGGUAUCUUCUGAAGUGGGGCCAAGAUGUUGAUGUCGUUUUGUGCCAUGUGCCUUGAGAAGAAGAUACGGAAAAGCAAGCAAGCAGGCAAGCUCGAGCUGAUCACGGGCAACACAAGAUAUGAUUUGGAGUCCACAAUUUUGGAUGGGAAAUCGACCAGAACUUUGAUGUGCAUGAGUUGUGUUUAGUAAUUCAUUUGUACACUUGUGUUUAUAAUCUGACAAGGUUGAUCAUUAAGUCUAAUCAAAAUUCGAUUGGUUUUUUAGAAAGAUGUGGUUAAGUUAAGGGUCCCCUCUAACUUUAUAAAUUCUAAAUAAACUUAAUAGAAUGCAUGAGGUACCCAGCAGGAGCCAUGAGGUAUGGUUGAAGUUGAAAA